UGUCCAACUUCAUAAUUUCUCAUAUAUUGGCGGCUGAAACAUUGGGCAGUACGAACUCCUCGGUUACACCGGAAAGCUUGGAUAUAUGCCAAACGAGCAAAUGGAAAACGAAAAUUUUCAAAAUGCCCCCACCUGCCCUCCUUUAAAGGGCUUUCCUUCCCUGUUUCCUUCCACUUGCUUUUCGUAUAUAGAUACUUUCCAAAGCUUAAAAGAGUUGCCAUUCAAGGGAAAAAAAAAUCAACCAAAUAAAUUUGUUAAAGGCAGUUGUUGAAUAUAUUUACUUUUUUGGGGUUUCUUUUGGUUUUUACAUUGUUUUGUUAUUUGUUAACCUAAAAACUCAGAGAAGAAGAAAGAGAAGAGAAAGGAAUGGCUUGGAGCGGAGAGAAGCGAAAAGAAGUUGUUACGUUCUUGAGAGUCUUGCUAGUGUUGGUGGCGGCGGUGCAAACGACGGGGUUGUAUGGGGUUAAGCUGAAGAAGAAGGAGCACCGGAACGCUUACGCGACGAUGAUGUACAUGGGGACGCCGAGGGACUACGAGUUCUAUGUCGCGACACGUGUUUUGAUAAGAUCGCUUGUUAGGCUCCAAGUGGACGCUGAUCUCAUCGUCAUUGCUUCCCUCGACGUUCCCCUCCGUUGGGUGCGCGCCCUGGAACAGGAAGAUGGAGCAAAGGUGGUGAGGGUGGAGAACAUUGAUAACCCUUACAAGGGUCAACAAAAUUUUGAUAAGAGAUUCAAGUUAACAUUGAACAAACUAUAUGCCUGGAGUUUGGUGGACUAUGACAGAGUGGUCAUGCUAGAUGCUGACAAUCUUUUCCUCCAGAAAACUGAUGAAUUAUUCCAAUGUGGGCAGUUUUGUGCAGUCUUUAUCAACCCCUGCAUCUUUCAUACUGGCCUCUUUGUGUUGCAGCCAUCAUUAGAGGUAUUCAAAGACAUGAUUCACCAACUGGAAACUGGUAAAGAAAACCCUGAUGGUGCAGACCAGGGAUUUAUCGGUGCCUACUUCCCUGAUUUGCUCGACCAGCCAAUGUUCCAUCCGCCCCUAAAUGGCACCAAUCUAGAUGGGCAAUACAGACUUCCUAUGGGCUAUCAAAUGGAUGCCUCUUAUUAUUAUCUUAGACUUCGUUGGAGUGUAACAUGUGGACCUAACAGUGUGAUCACUUUCCCUGGUGCACUAUGGUUGAAGCCAUGGUAUUGGUGGUCUUGGCCUGUCCUGCCCCUAGGCAUUGAAUGGCAUGAAAAUCGUCGUCAAACUCUAGGGUACGCAGCUGAGAUGCCUAUUGUAAUAAUCCAAUCCAUUAUUUUUCUCGGAAUCAUCAUGAUGACACGUCUAGCACGCCCCAGCAUCUCCAAACUAUGUUACCGUCACUCAGACAAAAGCACAUCUUUGAUGCAAACAGGCCUAAAGGUUAUAGCAAUCUGGUCAAUUCUUGCAGCCUAUAUAGUUCCCUUCGCCAUUAUUCCUCGUACAAUUCAUCCAUUGGUAGGCUGGGCAUUAUAUUUCCUUGGUUCGAUUGCUCUUUCCUCUAUUGCAAUCAAUUCAUUUUUGCUGCCAGUCAUUCUAGUUUCUGUUCCUUUGAUUGGGAUUUUUGGGUCUCUUUUGGUCAUGGCAUAUCCUUGGUACCCCAAUGGAAUUAUAAGAGCUUUAGCUGUUUUCGGCUAUGCUUUUUGUUAUGCUCCUAUUGCUUGGGGUUCAAUAGUUAAGGUCAUGGCAAGGCUUCAGGUCUCACUUGAAAGAGAACAAUUUUUCCCAAUAUUGGGUGAAUCUUCACCACCAUCUGGCUUUAACAAGUUGUAUUGAGACUUACCAGCGAUAUAAAUAUUCAAGGAGACCAAGGACUUUAACAAGAUUCUUUUUCUUUUGCCCGGGAAAAAAAAAAAAAUAUUGACAGAAUUCGAAGACUUUGGUGAAAACAGAAGGUGAUUGGAAUUUCAUUCAACAUUUGUAUGAUUAAACGGAUGAUACAUAUUUUGAUUAUCGAAAUUUCCUUUUUUUUUUAUCUUGUCAAUGUUGUUUAAUUGAGCUUUCAAAAAAAGGCUUUUUCCUGGAUUGGCCUUGGAGACUUGAAAAACGACUCAGCUUAUGCGUAGCUCUUUUAAAUUUUGAAGUCAUAAACAAGACUUGAUCUUUUCA